AUGCUCAGACAGGCAGUGCUUCGGCCACAAGUGAGGCCCAUAUUGAGGCUACUGGAAUCUUGGAUAGGCACGCGUUCAUUUUCUUAUUCAUCUCGCGUGAAGCAGGCGACUUCAGAUUCCACCGAGAACGAGCCAAUUGCUGCUGCACUCAAUAAUGAAUACCAAUCCAACAUCUACAUUCACAGAUUACCUGAGUCUACAUCGGAGCAAUCGCCUUUGCUUGUAGCAUUACACAGCAGACUCAACCUAAGUCCCAAAUUCCAAUUAAAUACCUUGUCGCAGUGUCUCAACAGCUUGCCAGUUGCGAAAAAUGAUGGAUUAGCUAAUAAUUUUGGGUUAAAUACAGUUGGCAAAACAUUGUUGAGUUAUUACGUUGCUGAGUAUCUUCUUUUGCAUUAUCCUAGGUUGCCAAUGCCGAUACAUAAUGCCGCGGUCGACUCGUUGAUGGGGGUUGAGGCAUUGCUGAGUAUAGGCAGGAGCUGGGGUAUCGAAGUUGACGAAUUGACCAAGUUGGAUAAAUUCUUGGGUAAGCAAUCUGAGUUUUUGAAAUAUGGUAGAUUGAGAUUCUUGGACGAGGACGCCAAGUCUCAAAAUAUUCAAGUUGCCGGUAUUGAAGAAGUCUUGAGCCAGCAGCAACAACAUUUGACCAAGGAAGAUAUUGCAUACGCCGCCGCUGUAAGAUCAAUAAUCGGAGGCAUCUAUACUCAUUGCAGCGAAGAGGCAGCCAAGCAGUUUAUCCAGGACCACAUAUUAUCAAGAAAAGUACCGUUGGCGGAAAUGUUCCAGUUUAGCCAACCCAUCAACGAGUUGGUUAGAUUAUGCGAUAAAUUGCAAUUUGAAGAACCCGUUGCUAUUAGGUUAAUUGCUGAAACAGGUAGGAAAUCCGCCAGUCCGCAGUUUUUAGCUGGGGUCUUUGUUGGUAACGAAAAAUUGGGCGAAGGUAUCGGGUCAAGUUUAAAAGAAGCGCAAACUCGUGCAUCGAUCAAUAGUUUAUUGGCUUACUAUUUGUACUCGCCCAUUACAGCUGAAGGUGAUCAAAUCAGCGUGCCAAGCGACGCAAACCACAAAUUCGAAGGUGUUGUUGGGCUAGGAGACGUGGCUAUCUGA